AGCUGGAUCCGAACACUGAUGGUGAUGACCUGGAAUUUAUCAAAGAGAGAUGAUUAACGGGCCAGAAGAAAAUGGACAUUACAAAGGACGCCCGUCAAACAAAUCUUUCCUCUAUGAGAUAGUCGCAAACAAAAGGAAUGGCCUCGAUGUGGACAAGUUUGACUAUUUUGCCAGAGAUUUCCAUCACCUUGGAAUUAAGAACAGCUUUGACCACAAUCGCUACAUUACAUUUGCCAGAGUCCUUGAGGUGGACGGUCAAUGGCAGAUCUGCACAAGAGACAAGGAGGUCCCCAAUAUUUAUGAAAUGUUCCAUAUGAGGAGUUCUCUCCACAGAAAGGCCUACCAGCACAAAACCAAUAAGGUCACUGAGCUCAUGAUCAGAGAUGCCUUACUUAAAGCAGAUAAAACAUACAAGAUUUCUGAAGCUAUAGGCGACAUGGAGAAGUACACUGAGCUCACAGAUGGCAUCUUUGAAAAAAUACUUUACUCCACUGAAGAAGAGCUCAAGGAUGCACGAGAAAUACUACAAAAUAUUCAUUCUCGGAAACUGUACAGAUGUCUAGGAGAGACUAAACUGACAGAUGAGCUUGCCACAAAGAAAAAAGAUGACUUUGAAAUAAUUAAAGAAAAAUGGAAAUCUGAACUGGCAGCAAUGCCCACUUAUAAAGACGAAGAACGACUGAGCGAAAGUCAUUUUGAAAUCAUUGUCACUACCUUUGACUUUGGAAAAAAAGAAAAAAACCCUAUGGAUAACCUGAAUGUCUAUAACAAGUUUGACAAUAAGAAAGGAUUCAAGGUCCCCCGUGAGCAGGUUUCUCAGUUUCUCUUGCCACAUAAGUUUUCUGAGAAAUGGAUCAGUGUCUAUUGUACGAGCUUGGAUGAAAACACUCAGAGAGUCGCUCAGAGGAAUUUUUACGAGUGGUGCCAAAGGAAUAACUUGAACCUUUCUCCGAGGCCACCUCAGCUGCAGAAAGAUGAUCCACAACCAAAGAGGCCACCUCAGCUGCAGCAAGUCAAACGACAAACAAAGGUGUUCAAUGAUCCUAUCCAUGGACAUAUGGAGUUUGAUCCUAUUCUGGUUAAAAUCAUAGACACACCUCAGUUCCAGAGACUUCGAUACAUCAAACAGCUGGGAGGAGCCUAUUUCGUUUACCCAGGAGCAUCUCACAGCAGAUUUGAACACUCACUUGGAGUGGCACACUUAGCCGGGCUGUUUUUGAAAGCUUUACAAAAGGAUCAACCAGAAAUUAUUGAUGACAAGGACAUACUUUGUGUGCAAAUUGCUGGUCUUUGCCAUAACCUUGGACACGGACCUUUUUCAGAUGUGUUUGACAGAAUCUUCUUUAAAAAACACAACCCAGACCUUGAUUGGAAGAAAUCGCAGGAACUGUGCUUCAGACGGAUCUGUCAAAUGAUGACAAGACUUUCAUUAAAGAAAUUAUCAAAGGGAUUGACUAUGAACAGGAGACACCAAAAGGCCGCAAGGAAAAGGAGAAGCACUUCCUCUACGACAUAGUGAGCAACAAAAGAAAUGGAGUCGGUGUGAAACUCUUUGACUCAGUGGCCAGGGAUUGCUAUCACCUGGGCCUAAAGACUAAUUUUGACCAUCAUCGGUUCAUCAAACAUGCCAAAGUGCUUAAAGUUGAUGACAAGAAUCAAAUCUGCAUCAGAGACAAGGUGA